AUGGAGUUCCACCGACCAGCCCACGCCGCCGAGUUUUCUCCCAACGGCGCGCUGUUCCGGUCAGAGGGGGAGGCCCGGUCAGACACCUCGCCCCAGACCUGGCAACUCAAGAUUGUACGACGCAUACAAGACAGUACAAACAACGGCGGGGUGUACACCGACCCGCAGAGCUUCGUCACAGACUGGCACUGCUGCAUCCAGAACUAUCGCCAUUAUGAGGCUAUGCUCGAAUAUACGGGAUCCUAUACUGGAUCAUUACAACGCAAUGAGUGA